CUUGAUCAGUUCUACUUCCAUAUGGCAAGUCUUACUUUCUUCUUCUCUUUUCUCUCCUUGUCUCUCAUCAUCUCUGGUGCAAACUCUCGUGUCCUAAGUCCACUUCCUCUAAACAACUCCAUCUUGGUCUCUGAUGGCGUCCAUGACGUCUCUGAUUACAAGUUUCUCACUCUCGACCCUCCUAAGACCUUGUCCGGGACCGAAUGUGAACAUGUCUAUGGUUUUCUUCCAUGUGCAAAUAGUGUUGGAGGUUAUGCCUUCCAAGUACUCACCUUUGGGUGUCUCUUGAUUGUUGGUGACUACUUCUUGUUCAUUGGAAGGUCGAAACUCUUUUUAAUCUUUGAAGUCGGAUUCUAUGGCGGAAUCAUAUUCCCUCUUCUUACAAUGUUCCCAAGAAUUGUCCUUAUGCUCUCGAAUGGACUAUCAUUGAGCAGCGAUGUUGCCAAUUCCUUCGUAGAUAACAACGUUGGAGUUACUGUGGGAUACACUGUGUUUGCUCUCACAAUUCAAUGGGGAGCUUGUGUUGUGUUUAGCAUCACGGGUCCAAGUUCAACUAAGGAAGAAAGACGAACAAUCACUAAAAUCAUACAAGAAUGGUGGAGCCAAAGACAUAAGAUAGUGAAAACCAUCGUUGAAGCAAGUGUAGACGUGGAAUAUUCCAAGAACAAAAAAUAUGUAGGGAUUAUGUUGUUGAGUCUAGCUCCCUUUCUUAUGGUGACAGUUUCAGCUAUAUGUGAUUCACAUUCUUGGAGGCACUUCAUUAUAUUGAUAACACUAAUAAUAUCCUCUUCUUCAACUGUUGUCUACUUUGUUUACUCGUAUAAAGAUCAGGAAAACCAAAAGAAGAGCUUAGAUCACGCGAGGUUUGAGAUCAUGUCAGAAGUUCAUAAGCUAUUAAAGAGGUUUUCACCAAAACACUUACUAGAAAAUGGAGAGAUAAGCGAAGCGAGCUUGAAAAGUUUGUUUGAGUUGACUGAUACAAACGGAGAUAAGAAGAUACAAAUAUCUGAGCUAAAAGACUUAACCGUAGAGUUUUGGAACUUUGGGAGAAUGAAAUGCGAAAUAGAUGAGCUUGCUAUAGACUUUCUUAAGAAAUUCGAUGAAAACGGAGACGGUUAUUUAGACGAGACCGAAUUUAAGAAAGGGGUCAAGAAUAUGCUCAAACAAUACAAAUUCAAAUUCGACAGCCUAGAUGAUGAAAAAGAGGAUGACACCGAGAAGAAGGGAGUUUUAGAGAUGCAAGAACCACCGCAGCAAUCGUUUUUCACCAAAAUUCUCUAUAUGGAAACUUUAGGAGCUGCGAUUGAAGUCAUCAUAGGGAUCUUAAUUGUGCUCUUUCUUGCAAAGCCAUUUAUGAUGAACAUAGAGCUCUUAUCAGUCUCAGCUGGAGUUCCCUCUUUUUACACCGUCUUCGUGAUGAUCCCUUUGGCUAGAAACUUAAAGAACACUCUAUCAACACGCUUCUCUCGUCCGAAAGACAAGAAGAAAAUCUCGUCACAUACCUUCUCUGAGAUAUACAAAGAUAUUACAAUGAACAACCUCAUGGGAUUGUCAAUCAUAUUGGCGGUUGUAUACACGAGAGGCUUGACAUGGAAUUGCUCGGUAGAAGCUCUUAUUCUUGUGAUCGUUGGCCUCGCAAUUGGCUUACCGGCUUAUUUGAGAUCGACUUACCCGUUCUGGAUCAGUGUAUUUGCUUUUGCUAUGUAUAUCUUCUCUCUUGUCCUUAUCUAUCUCCGUUAUCAGUUUCUAGGCAAGAACUAAGUUUACACCUUUAGAGGUGAGACUUAAGUUACAACCUCCCAAAGAGCACUUCCCGGUAUUUUAUAGCUUUCUCGCAUUUCAAUAGUUCAGUUUUGCUUGUACUGUAUGUUUGUGAGCUUGUCUUUGAAGUAAUGCAGUCCUUGAUGAUUCUUU